AUGUUGACGGGUCACAUUCCAAGCGUUGUUGACUUGAAGACAUCGCAGUGGAACGAGAUUACUGAGAGCGAAUGGAGUUGGUCUAGAAACGGCAUGGUCGUCAAUCAAACAGGGUCCGGUACGGCGACCACCGAGCACGACGACAGCAGCCGGCGCCUGGCUGCAAGCGCGGACGCCUCAGAUAAAACCUCGAGCGGCCCCAGCAAUGGCACCCCGGUUCCUGAACCUCGCGAGCCUGGCGCCAUGUCACAACGUCUGCAGGAAGCCACAGAAGAAGCUCUCCUGACAGGUGGCCGUGCUGGUCGCCAGGCAGUCGAAGAUGCGGGGUUCUCAGAAGAGCUCAAAGAACGGCUCUUUGCCCGGGUGCAAGAUGCCAAAUUCCGGGCCGAGAACGCCAGUGCGUUUGCUGAGGCGGGGCUGCCGGGCCAUGCAGACAGGAGGACAUAUGCGGACGCCACUUCUACUGUAUGGACAGGCACAGAGUCGACCGAGGAUGCCGUAAUGCGGAUGCUCAACGACGCGCACAAGCCCUUGCCGCGGGGGCUCAGAGGUGGCGGGAAGCCAACGUUCCCAGACUUGAAGCCUGUCGACCUCCGCAUUCGUCCUGAGCCCCAGCCUAGCGCUGGCCAGAGGUUGGCCAAUGCCCGAGAAAGAGCUGCGGUGUAUACCGGGCUUGGAAUAAAGGACAAGAAAGAGAAUGACUUGACGGACGAUGAGAGGGAAGCUAGGAGAGCCGAGUUCCGUGAGCGUUUCAAGCCUGCGGCAAGGACCAUGCCAGCGACUCUGACAGGUCUCGCAUCUCUCGCCAAUGAGCGCAUUGAGGAUGCCAUUGCCAGAGGACAGUUCAAGAACAUCCCGCGAGGACCGGGCAUAGAACGCGAUACAAGAGCCGACAAUCCCUUCAUCGACACGACCGAGUACAUCAUGAAUAAGAUGAUCAAGCAGCAGAAUAUCGUUCCCCCAUGGAUAGACAAGCAGCAGGAGCUUAUCAAAGCUGUGCAUGUUUUUAGGAGCAGGAUGCGCAACGACUGGAAACGGCAUGCUGCACGCAGUAUCGCAAGCAGAGGCGGUUCCUUGGAAGAGCAGGUGCGCACGGCGAGGCGGUACGCGCUCGCGGAAGAAAUUCAUAACCCCGCGGCAAUCAAGAAAGUCAAUACUGAGCACUCGGCGGACGCAGAACGUGUGACGGAAUCGACAAGCACUGCCUCCAUGGCGAAUAUGCAACGACAGCUGUCGAGCGAGUUAUCAGAGGAGAUGGGCUCGUCGACCAACACCACAGUGUCACACGCAGAACCGGACGUCAUCGAGGCUUCUGCCGUGCAGAAUAUACAGGAGCCACCAGUGGAGGAGGAAGACAUUAUGCCUCUCGCUACUCCAUUUCGUGACCCAGCAUGGCUAGCCCUCGAGAAGUCAUACAUGGAACUUAGCAUCGCCAACAUCAACGGCAUCACGCGGGCGUACAACUUGAUGGCGCCCGAGCUGGCGAAGAAGCCAUACUACUCGCUGGAACGCGAGCUCAACAAGUGCUAUGCUGAAGUCGCACCGCAGCUAGCUGAGACGAUACGGGAGCGCGCGGCACGGCCAGCUCGAAAACCGGACGGUGACGCCCUUGUUAAAACAGCCGGGAUCCUGGACCGCUUCGGCACGCCGACAUCGUCGAGAGUGUACGAUUCGAAAGCGCCGCACUACGGUUUCAAAGAGAUGUGGCGGGAUUUGUUCAAGGGUCGCGAAGCCACAAAGUAG